AUGAUUCUCACGGACAGCGCCAUCAAUCUUCAUCGUCUUCGCAAGAACGAGUCGGCCAAGGCUAAGCUUGGACGCUUCGAACAACGCCGUCUCAAGAUCAUCGAAGAUAUUGUCAACGAUCUGACCAACAAGGGUUUACAAAUAUCAAUCCGUCAUGUUCGUGGAGAAUGCAAUCCAGCCGACCGUGGCACCCGAGCUCCUCAGCCUGGAGAAUGUCUUUCUCCUCUACAUCACUCCACCAUCACUGAAGGCCUACUGACAUCUCCUCCGGCAUUCUGCUUCCCGGUGCCGCCCCAGGAUACCCCACAGGGUAGUUCUCCAUUAAGUUCAUCGACAUGUGGGGAAGGCUUUACGUUUGUGGGUCUGAACUCCACCGGAAGUGACGACACGGACGACGAAGUCACGAUUGACGAACUUCUCCAAGAUCAGUUAUUUAAUCCGAAGAUCGACGAAUUCCGAGCAAGUCCAUAUUAUGAGGUCCUACCCAAUGGUUUAGUUGCUCGUAUCGUGGGUAUUGACGUCGACUCGGUGGACGAUGUGAAGACUACACCUCGACAUCAGGUGGUGAUCCACAACGACGAGUUGAAGAAGAAAUUGAUCGCUAAAGCGCAUGCAGUGGGACACCGCGGACGAGUCGGUACAUUGAAGCUGCUCAAGCAACGCUACUUCUGGCAUGGUAUCGCUCGUGAUUGCCGACGCUAUGUAGAUGCCUGUGAACGGUGCCAGUUUGCUCGAGCUGAUCGUGUACAACGUCAGUCCAUGGGAUCUAUUCCUUGGCCUGGUGCUAUUGGCUGUCUCCGUGUAUGUGCUGUUGACAUGACCGGUCCCUACCGAGUAUGUAGCGGAGCCAGUGGCUCCACAUCCGCGAAUCCUUCAAGUGAAGACCCCGACG